GAUGGUUACUGGGGUCUUACAUCCAGCACGGGAUGUAAACCUUGUGACUGCGAUCCGGGCGGAUCUUAUGACAACUUUUGUGACGCUGUUACCGGACAGUGCCGUUGUAGACCUGGGAUUGAAGGAAGAAAAUGUGACCGUGUGAUUCCUGGGUACUACUAUGCCCUUUCUGAUAACCUCAAGUACGAAGCCGAGGACGCCAGAGAGAUUGGAGUGAGUAUAAAGCAUUUGAACAUAGGCGCAUGGAAAGAAAAAAGUUAGGGGGCUGAGAAAAAUUUGCUCAACCUAUUACAAAAUAUUCAGCGUCCUAUUCCAAGUAUCUGAUACAAUGUCUCUAUUUUCUAGAGAACAACGACCAAUCUGCUGGAACGACCUCAAGGUACUAAGGUUGUCUGGACAGAUGUUGGAAGUCAAAACAUCUCUGAAGGAAAUGGUGUUGAGUUUGUUGUGACGAAUGUUCCCUUCACUGGAAAUUAUAAAAUACUCAUGAGAUUCUAUCCAAAGGUGAGAUAA